AUGCAGAACAUGCGCUUGGCACAAUGGGGACUCUUUCGCGAAGAUGUCCGGGAUGUGUUUCAGCUUUCAACAUCGAAUAUGGACAACUACAUCUUGGUGGGAGCGCUUAUCGUGACGGCAGUGAUGAACUUUAUCUUCGUGGGCUAUCCAGAAUUCCCCCUGGAACCUCGUUGGCUUCUCCUGCUGUGGAAUAACUGUGUCUUUGCCUGCAUCUUCUUCGGGAUGGUAAGCGUGUGGCUGGCCAUGCACGGCUCCAUCGCCCAGCGCUCGGCCAGAGUGAAGAUUCUGACCCAAGCAGUGCGUCCACCGGUGCCGAGCCUGAAAGAUGUUGAAGAAGCGAUGCGCUCCCAGGAGCAUUUCGAGGGUGACGGAGCUGGCCGUUACUUUCAGCCUCCGGCCUUCGCUCUUCCUUACGCGCUGGGAGAAAAGGACGAGAUCCCGAAGACACAGCCUACGACAGUCGAUCCGAACAUGCGGACUUUGCCUACGGGAGCUGGUGUAAGCCAAAGAAAGGGUCGUGCUCGUGCUGUUCCGAAAACCCAGAAAGAGGAGGCAGUCGACUGGCUCUCCGAUGCGCCCUUUGCCGGAGAGGAGGUUCUGCAACAUCUCCAGACCGUGGACAAUGGAGGUCCUGGACGCAGCGCCGUCAUGCACUCCCACUUCUGGAUGCUACGACGAGUCCAAAGGGGAUAUGCUUGCUUCGAUGCAUAUGCCCGAAUUGGACUAGUACUUGCCGCUCAGCACAUGCUGUUAGUUUGUGCCUACUAUUCACUUGGUCAUUUCAUGUCAAAGAUGGACCAUUGGCCCAUACCAGCGCAGAAUCCUGGUGCAGCAUGGCUGUCUCUGAUCGCCGGCGCUUUCUGCACCACCACACUUUUUAAACUCGACCUCUUCUGCGGCCCAAAGUACCGGAACUUAGUACAGCUGACACUGGUACUUCCGCCACUGCUAUCGGGUUUGGCGAUUCAUCUCGCAGCUUCGCGGACCAAUCAUGGAAGAGGCGGAGUGCGCGCGUGCGAUCAAGUCGUGCCGGCGUGGGUUCCAUGGGCUUUG